GGUCAAACCAACAGAGGCAUGCACAGGGCUCUUCAAACCCCUGAAAUUACACUACUCAUCGCAGAUCAAGUCAGCGAGUUUGUGCGUAGCAAGAAGUACGACGAUGUUCCUACAGCUGCUGUCAAAGCGGACCUUCUGCAUUUCGCUCUCGCCUGCCAGAUAUUUCGAGAUCCAGCGUUGAACUUGCUGUGGUGUGUGUUGGAAACUGUCCGCCCGCUACUACGAUGUCUCCCAGCCGAUUUGUGGGAAGACAAUGAUGGAGUGUUUACUCUACGUAAUCAUCGCAACCUGCAGGAAGAGGACUUCGCUCUCUUUCGCGAAUACGGGAGAAAAGUGCGGGCGAUCAGAGGUGACUGGGAGGACGGCAUGUUCCCAAACGUCGACCGCGAUUCUCUACGCACAAUCAACGAUCGUCCAUGGUCUCGCACGCUGUUGCCUAACCUCAAGUGUCUCUCCACCGAGAUCACACACGAAAUGCAGCUCCCAGAGAUCAAAAUGCUCAUGGUGCCCAGUCUGAUGGAGAUCCAUCUCAUGCAAGGGGACUACUGGCCCGAGGGCAAACUCGCGAUUGUGUCCGCUCUGCCACAAUACUGCCCUAACUUGGCAGAAUUGUCUAUCUCAUAUUAUCCGGAGGAACAGCUGUACGAGUUCUCCCAGGCCAUACGCGGUUUGAAUCAUCUGGAGGAGCUCUGGACAGACUUCGUACCGGAUCUAUCCGCAAUUCAACAUCUCGCUAAUUUACCAUCUUUCAAGUCUCUGCAUGUCUUAUUCGUGGAUAGAGACCAUACUCGGCCCGCUACGAAGCCUGUCGUGUUCAUGGAUACACUCGAGGCUAUGCACAUUUCCACAUCUCCGAACCUAAUGGGUACCCGCGCGUUUAUGAGCGGCCUUGUCACUCCAGUUAAAACACUCGACAUCGCUCUGCCAGGUCUAGAGUGCAGCCUUGAAGAAGUGGAUUUGCUCGUGUCCCUCUUCCCCUCCCAUCUCUCAAAGCUUCGCCUGGAGACCCUGCUCGUCCAAUCCGAGGGCUUCAUGGAGCCGCCAUUGACGUACGAGACCCCCAUGACCACUCUCCGUCCCGUGCUGCAGUUCCGUAACCUACGGGUGUUGGUGUGGGCCAUAUCGCAGAUGCCGACGAUGACGGACGACGACAUGGAGAUGCUCGGCGAAUCCCUCCCCAGGCUCGAGGUGCUGCGCCUCGGCGACGGCCGCAAGGCGAACGUGCCGCCGCGCGUGACGUUGGACGGCGUCGCGCGCCUGCUGCGGCACUGCCCUGCGCUGUUCGAGCUUGCGCUCUCGGUGGACGCGUCGAACGUGCCCGCGACGAUCCCUGCGUUCGUGUCGGAUGGAGGGGGGAUCCAGAACACGAACGUUGUCACGCUCAGCGUGGGCGACUCGCCGAUCGUGAACCCGUGGCCGGUCGCGCAUUACUUGUGGACGAUUCUCCCUUCGAUUGAAGAGGUCAAGGCGUCGCCGAGUGACUGGAGGGAGGACGGGUGGAAGGAGAUUUGGGGGCGGGUGCCGGGGUGCAUGGAUUGGAUCGGAGAUAAUUGGGAGACGGUCAAAACAACAGGGCUUCCAGCAUUUGACCAUAUCUCUGGUUGAAGGCGACUGAUACCGGCUGUUCAUAUAGAAGUUACUUGCAUUGUGCGUCGGACCAUGUAAAUUUCUUAUUCAUCUCAUCUCU